GUUGAGUAGUAAUUAGUAAUGAUAGCAAUUUUCAACGUUCUGACUAUCAGGCCAAAUGGAAUACUCUGUGCAGUAAUUUAGUAAUAACUGAAAGUAAACUUAGUAAUGUUAUCACUUUCGAAGGUGACAAAGUGUGUCUUUACUCGGAACUGCUCAAGAGAACUUCUCGCCUUAAAUUUGUUAAAAUUAAGUUAAGUCAGUCGUAUUGACAUGUCGAUUAGGCGUAAGGCGUAAGCCUAUAUACUAUAUAGCCUAUGCCUAUAUUCUAUAAAGAAAGUUAAUUUAGUUUUUUCUAUUCAAAUUAUUUAAUCAGAAUGAGCAUGCUUUGUUGACUUUACUUGGGGUCACCAACCUUUUUUCAUCGCGGGUAGUAUAUCGGCCAAAAUGACGAGUGCGAGCCGUAUAAUCAUUCACAUUCAGUACAAUACUUGCAAGCCAGAACGAAAGCUCUGGGAAAAAGACGAAAACUAAGUUUAGCAAUUCAUCUUAGUCAUGGUUGAAUGGCGUGCAAUGUACAAAAAACAAAGACAACCAACAUAUCUUAUCUAUUCACUAAGUUAUCAAAGAGGGCAACGUUAGCAAAAACAUAGUUACAUCAGACCUAGUGGGCACAUAUUCGAAUCAAACAAAGCAGCUAAAAAAGGUUAGCGAGAUUUGUGAAAGUGACGUUUGGCUUUCAAGAUAUCAUCGUUUGGUUUGGAAAUGCUGCAUCCCAUCAAGAGAAUUGUUUUUAAAUGAUCAUCCGUCACUCUUGUUCGAUGUGUUGACUUCACACACUUAUUUUUUUAAAAUGUUUGCUAACAGACAUAAGUUGUUCCAAACAAUUAUGCCACACCAGCAGCAAAGUUCUUCAGUUUCAACAACCCAACAUCAGGAAGGCAGUGGUAAAAUUUGACAAGUUUUCUUUCUCUGUGCUUCUCUUUCAACAAGUCAUUUGCUUGCUUAUCAAUGAGCUCCAAUUGUAGUUCAACUGGUGCAUCAUCAAGGCUACAAUCAAACUUUGACAGCCAGGUAGUAUCUGACAGCCAGUUAGGAUCUGAAAGCUUUUGAUCAGCUAUAUCUUUUUCAGUGAGAAAAACAUCUAUUUCCUGUCAGAGCUUACAGAAACAAAACAGACUUUUACCGCAGCUUAGCCUCCUCGCGGCUGUGUGAUAAGGCAAGUCACAUAGUUCAGAAUCAAUUUCUUCAAGAAAAUUCUGGAUCUGACAGUGAUUAAGUGCAUCGCCCUGAAUGAAGUGCAUAGCAGAAACAACUGGUUUCAGUAUAUAAGAAACAUUUAAGUCUUUUCUACAGAGUGCUUGCUGAUGUAUGAUGCAGUGUAUGAACAGAGUGCCCGGAACUUGCAAAUCUUUCAACUGAGUCCUGAUCUGCCCCACCAGACCUUUCCUCACGCCAGCCAUGUUUUUCCGCCAUCAACUGUAACACAUCAAAACUGAUGCCACUGAAGGUUAUAGUUAUAGUGUGCAAAAGUUUUUACGCUUCCAUGAAAAUGCAUUUUCUAGUUGUUCCAUGCAUGGAUGUCAACUCUUCUGUUAUCUGAAAGUCCAAAUCGACUCAUCCAGUGCCAGAGAAUACCAAAUCCAAGUUCCAAGCUUUCUGACGAACUGUAGCACUACAUUCUCUCCAAGUUCUUGUGUUCUCCACACAACCGAACUUGCCGAAAGGCUUGUGGUUCCAACCGCGGCGAGUAUGAUUUUUAAUGCCCCCAUAUGUUUCCAAAAGUCCUUUUCUUUCACCCAUUUACAGUUUGUGGUGGUUAUCAGAAUUUAGUAUAUUGGUGGGAAUAUGCUUAAUGGAUAUUGAUUCUUAUUUUAUUAUUUUUUUAAAACCAGCUUUCCUAUUAAAAAAAAAUCAAGUUAAUUGGUAGGUUUUUUUAAAAUGAUUUCAUCAUUUUUAAAAUAAUUAUUAUAGAAUUAUAGUUUGUUUUAUGCUGAUCUGACUUCGAGUUUGAACCUUGUUACAUUUCACUAGUAACUUUAUUUUUACCAGUGAUAGACUGUGAUAAUGUGAUUUGUACGUCCACUAAAUAUAAAUUAAUAUCUUUAGCAAAUACACGUCACCAAAAAAAAAAAAAAAAGGACAGCAGAUUGCAAUAUAGACGUCAGUCAUCUUCUUUAGACAUUAAAUUUUUCUAAGCCAGCUUAACUCGAUCCCACUAGGUACUGCGAUUCGAUUAGUUAUUGUAUUCAUUAUAUAUAAACUGAAGGUUUACUUAUUUACUAUUAAGAUGCCGUAUUGUACGAUUUUGAGGCAAUAUUGUAUGAUUUUAGGAGCUUGAGGGUAUACAGGUCUGCAAUAAGCAAAUAAAUCUAGAGACAAUGAUUUAGAAUUGAAAACAAUAAAUUUAAGGCGCAUAGAUGCCAGAAGGUCUCCGCUCGUGUGAAGAUCUCUUAGUAUUCUAAACAUAAUAUUAAAAUUUUAAUUGUAUCACGUCUCAUGUUCCAUACACUUUGUCAAACAAAUUCAAGUACCGUCGGCGGCCUCAUGAACUGAUGUCGCUGGCCAUAUCCGGCCCGCUGGCCAUAGUUUGGUGACCCCUGACUUAGACUAACUUUGACUUUGGUUGAACCAAAUGACAUUGAUGAAUGACAGUAUUAUUAUAAUACUGAUACUUUGAAAAUGUGAAACUGAGUUGAAAUUCUGAUUCUUAAAAAUUAAAUAGAGACUAUAAUAAUAAUAAUAUGAUAUAUGUAAAAGAUUAUGAAUAUGAUUAAAUUAUGAUGACUGUCACAAUCAUAGACCCUUGGUUAUAAGUUGAUCAACCAUUUUUUAGUUAAUUAUUUGACAUAAUAUUAAAUGAAAAAUUUCAGUUUUGGAAAAACUAUGGUUAUACUUUUAUUUAAAUGGAUUUAAUUAAGAUUUUAGUGAUUUUUUUAUUAUUAUCUUACUUAAAUGUAAAACAUUAUGUUAAAAUCCAAUUUAAAUCCCAAACAUUUAUUUAAAUAACAUACACUUAUACUUAUAGACUAAAUAUUAUGUUUAAUCUUUAUUUAUAAAAAUUAUUAAACUUAAAAAUCUUUAAAAAAUCCUUAAAAAAUUUAAAUUUAAAUAGAUCUGACUGAUAUCAUUACAUAAUAUUCCGUUUAAAUUAAAAAAUUCCUAUUUAAAUUUAAAAAAAAAAUUGAUUUAAAUACCAUUAUUUACUUAAUUAUGUUUAACCUUUAAAAAUAUUAAUUUACUUCAAAAUAAACAAUGGUCAAUGGUUAAAAAAAAAGAGAGAAAAAAAUCAAGUUCAAGAAACAAACCAGAUUUAAAUUUUAAAAAUGAGGUUUAAAUUUAAAAAAUUCAAUUUAAAUAUGUUAUACUUAAUCUUUAUAAGCCUUAUAAGCACUAACAUUCUUCAAAAUCUAAAGAAAUUCUUUUAAAAAUGAUGUAAAGAUUCAGUUUACAUUAUUUAAAACCUAUUACAAUUAAAUAAAUCAGAUAAACAAAAAAAAAAAUCUUGAUUUUUGUCAACCCUGACUCCCCAGGUAGAUAAGAUUAGAAUUUAGAUGUCCCCAGUCAAAGUCAAAUUGUUAAUAUUAUUUUUUUUUUCAAAGUAUAUUCUCCAGUUUGGGUACAAUCAAAUCAAUUGAUAAUUAAGAUUAUAGUUAGUGAGUAAGCCUACUAUGUCUGAUGUUCAACCAAAUGUAGCCCAGUGAAUAACCAAAAUAACCAAUUUUGAGGAGGAGGUAAAUGAUAUCCUGACUAAAAAACAUUAUCCACAAAGACGGAAACAAUAUAAUUUAAAUAGUGUUUUUUGGUCACAAUUUAUUAGUGAUUUGUAUCAUAUGCUGGGAAACUGAAAAUAUUAAAUAUUUGUCUACAAAAUAAGCAGACUAGGUCACUCAAUUAACAUAAAACAAAAGUUACAAGCUAUUUGAUUGAUUGCUCUUAGGGAACUCCACUAGUAUGUGUCAAAGUUCAAAUACUCUUGAAAAGACUUGUCCUCUCAAUAACAUAAUCAUAGACAGCCACAUUUUUACUGACUGGCAACAGCCACAUUUUUACUGACUGGCAAGCAGUAUGUUUAUCAUCAUUUUGAGGAGCUGUUCUCUAGAUUGUGAUGGUCAGAAAAAAAAUGCUUGAACUCAAGGGUCAUACAAUCUAAUAUUUAGCAAAAAGCUUAGAGAAGCAAAAACACCACCAGCAUCCGGGGUAGAUGGGACUUCUUGUUAAUCUUGGAUGGCAACUAAGAGAAUGAAAACUGAAGUAAAACCCUUUUGCCAUAUGACAUUGACUUAAUGAAAAUUCUUGCAAUUCCUGUUAUGCUUAUCCUCCGAAAGAAAAAUCACAGGCCAUGUGUUUUUAUCUUGCCGAAAGCUACAUCACUGCCAUGUUGUGACAGAUGCCCAAAAAAAAAAAUAUAUCCAUUUAGCGUGAUUUUGAUUUACUCAUAAAAUAUUAUCAUGAUAUUAUUGUUCUUGAUUUCUUAUUCAUUUGGGCCAUUGAGUAUUUUGACAUGUGAUUUCUGAUAUUCUUGAAAUGAGCAAUUAUUUUCACAAUUAAAAAUUACAGAAACUACUCAAAUAGCAGGAAGUGUUACAAUGUUUGCAAGAUGCCAAAGCCUAAAGAUGGAAAACAAAAGGUACCAGCGGUAGUAAAUAAAAAAUUAUUAUGUAUUAUUUCAUUCUAUGUUUGCAUACUAAUCAGAUUUAUUUUUCUCUAAAAUCAUUUUAGUCUUUCAAAUAUUUGGGAUGAAGAAAGGUGUAGAAAACUUGUGACAUGUUAUAAGGAAUUGAAAGCACUGGAGAUAAUAGAAUUAAACAAUUAGUAUUAUUUCUUAUAGGGGCGGCCCAUGCUUUAUUAUUGUUCUUUUUAUUAUAUUUAUUCUUGUUGAUUGCUCUACCAGCACUUUGAUUUUUGUCUGAUGCUUUAUUUUCAAAAUAUAUAUUAUACAAAUAUAUAUUAUAUUUACAUCCUUUUUGUGUGUGCUUUGUCCCAAUAAUAGAAAAUAACAGGCUCAGGAGCUGAAGGUGGAGCUACAGGACCAAAUAGCACAAGUAAUCCUGUCAUUUUACAAUCUGAUAAUUCCAUAGCUAUCAGAAUUCUGGCAAAACCUGGUGCUAAACAGAAUGGCAUCACAGGUAAGUCUCUUGAUGGAUGGUCACAGCUUGGCUCAUUUACUUCAUGUGAUUCACUCACAUCGUUUGGGAUUCAAUAUUAGUAAAGUUUUUCCAUCAUAAAAAUAUUAUAUUGAUAAAAGAAAUACUAUAUCAUUUCAUAUUACAUUCUCUCCUCCUCCCCCCCCCCCCCCUCCCAUCUUUACCAUACAGUUCUAAAAAUAAAAAAACUAUAUAAAUAAAUUCAGAUUAAAUUAAAUUAUAUAAAAGAAAUGAAAAAAAAACCCCUCAUCUCUAUAACGUAAUCAUUUCAUGGUAGUUGCACCUGUGUGAUAACCUAUUUCUUAAAAUUUCAUACGCGACUUUUGCCUCUAUAUUUUAUCCAGUCGAUGCAUUGCUGCAGUAAAUCUACCAACUUAAUGUAAUAACUUGAUGCACACAAAAACCACCUUCAUCAAAUUAUCAUGUUCUUCAAAAGUGAAAAGAAAUAAGGCUGUAAUCAUGAUAAUGAAUUAUUUUUUAUGUUCAGUUUAACCUUUUCCACUACAUUUUAAUACAGUAAUAUUGAAAUACAUUUCUUAAGACCUAUUGCAAUAAAUUGUAUUCUAGAAGUCCUAGGGAAACUGUUAAUGCAAUGUUCUCCAUAACUAGGUCAAGAAGAAAAGUUAGAUAUUGGUAUGUUUGUAAUAUCAAGAAGUCAAGAGAAUAAGAUAGGCUUUGAUAUGUUUUUUUAACAUACAUAUAGGUCAAGAGGAUAAUUAAGACAUUGGUAUAGUUGUAUUAUCAUACAUAUUGGUCUUUAGCAGAAUGUGACAAUUAAUUAAUGUAAAGCAUUGUUCUCCUUCAUUAAGGUUUAACAAGUGAAGGAGUUGGUGUUCAGAUUUCAGCACCACCUGUGGAGGGAGAGGCUAAUACCGAGCUUGUGAAAUACAUAUCUAAAGUACUGGGAGUCAGGAAGUCAGAUCUUCAGUUGGAUAAGGUAUUUUAAAACUCCAUUUUGCUAUGCAGUGCAUUUAUCAGAGAUGAUUUUUUAUGCAAUUUAAAAACUUUAUAUCUAAAAUCUAAUAAGGAACACUCUAUAACAUUAUGUAUGCAUACAAAUUCAGAGUUCAAACAGAGCACAAAUUAAAGAAUCUAUUUUUCAGGGAUCCAAGUCUAGAAAUAAAAUCUUGCUACUUGAUAAGAGUAGUGGUUUAACUGUUCAAGCUGUGAUUGACAAGUUAACAGGGGAAGUUUCUUAAAUUAAGCUAAUGUUAAGUAAGUAUUUAAUCUUAAAUGACCCAAUAAAUUAUACUAGUUAUAGCUUGCCAAACGUUGGCAACAGCAGUGCGUGAACUUCCCAUCUGCUUAAGUUACAUGACAAAACAUGAACUCAAGUAACUCACAUUUAAGAAUCACAAAAUUUACUGCAGCUCUUCCCUCCAUGAAACGUCACUGGACAAUUUUUAUUUCACGCCCAUGAACAAUGUUCCCUCUAAGGUUUGUUGGUUCGUGUGCAAAAUCAUACAGUUGUGUGCAAAGUUUUACACUAUCAAUUUUUUUGUGUGCAAAAUUUUACAGCCCUUAAUACAAACACACACUUAUAUGGAAAUUUGUUGGGCGGGACUCAAAACUGCUGCGCGGCGUCUGUGAAAUAGCUGCGCAGCCGCCCAGUUUAAAGGGAACAUUGCCCAUAAACUAUAUUAAUAUUCUCAUGUCCCAACCACUUUUUAACCGAAUAUUUAUCACACCAUAUUUAAACUGAGACGAUUUCAUUUUCCGAAAAGAAAAUAUUAUGCACCAAAUGCAGUUGCCUUAUUUAAAAAAAAAUCAUUUAGUGUAGUUAUCUGGAAUUUUAUUUUGUGCGCUCUCUGGAUAUGGAAGCAGUGACGCCACAAGCGUAAUAUAUAAGAGAUUAUUUGUGAAUGUGUAGAGCAGUGUUUGCUAUGUUUUUUACCUUACAAUACACUAAAGCUGAUUACUAUAAGGUUUAUUCAAGUAUAAAGAAACAUAUCUACAUUUUGUAUAGGAAGAAAAUGUCAAAACUUUACAUCAACAUAUUUGUGUAAAAAAUUGUUUCUAACCCUUUAUAUUUAUGACACAUUCAAAUUAAAGACACAACAAAAUAUUUACUUUGUUGGCAAAAUGUCAUGAAAUUAAUGACCGACUAUGCAUGUAAUUUGUUGGCAAAGUGCCAUAUUAUAUUUUUACAUUGUUAUUCCAUUUGACACAAUUUUGUGACGCUCCUGUUACUUUUGCUUACUAAAGUGAAUGAAAACUGCUAAUCUUGUGUACUAAAUGGAACCACUAAUACAAAGGUUCUAAUAAAUUGUACAUUUAGCACAGUUAGAAACAAACUGCACUAAAAAUCAGUACAGUGGGAGAGUGUUGUUUUUUAAAAAAUAAAAUAGCCACUGUUAUAAAAAUGGGAAAGAGGAUUGCUCUGGUUUUCUCCUUGUCAGCACAAUAGUUUCAAGUUCUUAUAACGGUUAAAAUAUUUAAAUACUCAUUCAAUAUAGAUGUUCAUUAUUAACCUAUUCUUUCCAUAGGUCAAAGAUGUGUGCAAACUUAAGUGGUAAUAUCAACAUGGCUUAUAAAGGAGCACAGUUGCUAAGGAUGUCAUCCCCUUUAGUCCAUCCUCUGAGAUAUAUAUCGUGUACGUAUACCCUGAGACACAAGACAUACAGGAAUGACAGUGUUUCACUACUGAAAGUUGGCCCAAGUAGAACACAACAGUUUCCCAAUGAAAGGACAUCAUUAAAAGUAAAUGGAGAUCUUCGGACAUCAUCUGACCUUGAAUCUGACAGACGAUACAAAACUGAAGAUAGAGAAAGCAAAAUAAUUUCAUCAAAGAACGGCUCUAAUUUCAAUGGGCAGAAUAAAUCAAGUUUCAAAUCGAUGGUCAUGCCACCUAGUCAGAAAGCUUGGAAAUCUGAACGUCUUCCAAUGGCUAUUGAUAAGGCACCUGUUUGGGUAUUGAAAAUUCAUAAUGAGCUAAUGAGCUCAGCAGUGCUGCCAGCUCCUACUAAAGGUAAUCAAAUGUUUACAAUGAUCAAUCUUUUAAUUGGUUUACAAAUCCGUACAGCUUGAGUUAUAAAAAUGUUAACUUUGAAAAUAUAAUCAAAUAAAAUCUUAACAUAAAAUGCAAAACACAACACACACACACGCCCCAUAAUGAAUGGCAGCUUAAUGAAAAAAUGAGGCAGGGGAAAGAAGAGAAACAUUGCUGGUAUGUUAAAACUUAUGUUUUUAAAAGCCAGAUACUUUAUUUUUGGAAAAUAAAAUAAUUUUAUUUUUGUAUUCUGUGCAUUCUAAUUAAAAAAAACUAUUCAUGAAAUUUGUGUACAUCUUUAUCAGGUCCAUUUGAUUACAAACAAGCCACUUUACAUCUUCUGAGUACUUCUCAACUGAUGUCCUUAGCCCAGGCUGUAAAAACUGUCAACAUUCAAACCAUGAAACUGAUUGUUGCAUUAUGGCGUAGGCUUGACAGCAUGUCUGUUGACGAGAUGUUAACUGUAGCAGACAUCUUUUAUAGAAAUAAUGUGCAAGCCCAUGGCUACUUCAGUGCUCUAAUAACUUACAUCAGUGAAAUGUUUGAGCUACUUGAAUUCACUCCCCUGCAAAUGACUCGUCUUACGUUUCACAUCAAGAGUCAUGGGGAUGCUUCACCGUCAUUGCUUCUCGCCAUUGAAGACAGAAUACUACAAAACUUUUCUAAUUAUACUAUGAAUCAGUUGGCAAUAAUAUGUCAUUUGUUUUUUAUUGGACAAAAUCGGAUAAAAAAAUUUGAACUACUGGAUCUGAUUGCCAAGAAAUUAUUAGAUGAAUUUCACACAAUUAAUAGUUGGUACUUGCCUAUGUUGAUGAAAAUGUUAAGAUUUUCCAACUAUAUCAACAUAAACUUUUAUAAAAGCUUGGGCGAUGAAAUUAUUAAGUUGAAUUUUUUGGAGAAUUUUCAGAACUUGGGUCAAAUCAUGCACUUUGCAUUUACAUAUUCAUCUGUUCGUGUCACUCAUCCAUCACUCUUUGCUGCCAUUCUUGUUAACUGUGAAGAAAGUAAACAGUUUUCAAGAUUCAAAGACCUUUCAAAAAUUAUAUGGUCAAGUGGGACUCUUGUCACAAAUGACAAAGGACAUAUUCAGUCUUUAAAUGCCAUACUACAGCAAGUCAGAGAAAAGGUAUCCAUGGAGACAUUUCGUGAAUACCCAGAUAAUCUAGUUGACCUACUGAUGGGUCUGUCUUUGUUAAACAUUUAUCCUGAGGAUCUGUACAACAUUCUCUUUGACCCCAGAGUUUUGAAGGUAGUGCUUGGUGAGUAAACAAUAAAUAAAGACUCUAAAUUUGAAGAGCUGUUUAAUAAAAAACAGAAAUACUUAAACUGAAGCUGCUGUUAGUUUCCUUUAAAAUUUCCAAAUGAAAUUCUUUUUAGGAUUGUGAAUGUUAAUUAUAGUCAAAAACAACUCAUGUCAACACAUUUGUGCAAUGUCCUGUUAGUAAAAAAACAAACAAUUAAAAACAAACAUAACCAGAAAUAUUACGUUUUAAUAGGUUGUAUUUUAAAUAUUUUAAAAAUAUUUAUGUUAGCAUUUGGAUCCUUAGUGAUUUAUUCAUAUUUAGAAUUAUCAUAAUUUGAUGCACAUUUCAGGUCUGAAGGAAGAUCGUGAAAAAUUUAUGCAGUUACACUAUUUUGACCAAAGUCUUUCUAUCGAGUGUCCACAGUACUCAGGAAAUCGCCUGUCUCAGGUAGGAAGAAACAUUGAAUAAAUCAUUUGUUUAUAUAAUUAUAAGGCGUCAAAGAAUAUUUUUAAUUUAAAUUGUAUAGUUUAGUCUUAAAUUAUCUAGAAACAUUUUAUGCAGCAUCUAUCUUUUAGUUUUUCAUGAGGCUCUUUUAGUGUAUUUUCGAUACUUUUGACAAUUACACACCAUAUAAAAAUAGAUUACUUCCAGACGUAAAUUCUUGUAGUUUCAUAGAUAGGGUGGCUAUAAACUUGGUCAGGAUUAAGUAUCAUUUAAAAAGAUAGCUCAAUGCUUAUUUCCAAAAAAUUGGAUUCAAUAGGUUUAGCAAAUAUGAUAAAAAAGGCAUAUUAUCAUAUUUCAGUAACCAAAUAAUUAAAGAGUUAUUGUAUUAAGAAUUUUUUUUUUCAGUUAAAUUAAAUAUUGUUAGUACCACUAGCUUUGGUAUUGUUUUCUUUGCAUACUGUUUUUCUCAGUCCUUCGUUAUGUAUUGUUUAUUCUACAAGCCAAAUCUUAAAACAGAUUGUAUCUUCAAAAUCAUCAUGGUACAUAACAGUGACUAAUGUCAAAAAGAUAGUGAACUAGUUAUGGCUACAAGGAGAAAACAUGUUUUAUAUGUUAAUAAAAGAGACAGAGACAUUUUAUAACUCAUCUUACCUCUCAACUCUGACUCUCUACCCCACUAAAAAAUUACAGUUUUUCUGAACAAAUUAUUUAAAUUUAAAAAAAACAUCUAUUUUGGAUUAUAAAAAAAUAUCUAUAAUUUGAAGAUAAUUUUAAAAAAAAAUGAAAUCAUGCUUACAGAAAGCUAAAAUGUGAUUAAUAAAGUUUUGGAGUUAAGGUUCUAAUGAUUUCCUGACAUUCUUUCUUCUCUAUAAUAUAACCUUAAACAUUUUAGUACUGAAACUCUCAUCAUGUUCACAAACUGCAGAAAUUAUUAUUUUUUUGUUGCUGUAAUUAUAUUAAAAAAAUUUCAGUCACAAAAGACACAUAUUCUUGAAUAUUUGAGAUAUAUGACCCUAGAAGUGGACAUGCAGUUCCGGGCGUCAGUGCGACCAGCAAAGGCUGCCCUUGAAAAUGCUUUGGGAAAUAACUACACCUUGUGCAAGUUUGUCCUCCCACAUUUUAGGACGACAGGUGAUAGUUUUAUUAGAAUAGAUAUAAUUUAAUUAGCUCAGUUUUGCUUAAAGGACAUUUAAGUAAAAAAAUAAAAACACCCAAAAAUAUUAGUAAUCAAAUUAAUUUCCUUAUAUCAUAACCAGAAAAAUAACCCAGCUUAUUAAAUAUCUGAGAAAAUUAUUAUAAAUUAUUUUACAUAUGCAGCAAUACCUUGCUACUUCGCGCUUCAUGAUUUUACUAUAUUUGGCUGGAUUUUUAUAGUAUGCAGUAAAAUUAUUUUUUAUAUAUUUAUUAUAUUUUAUAUUUGUAUUAUUUUCUUAUGUUUAUUUACAAGUGUAUACUACUGUACUGUAAAGUGUUUAAGAGCAUAGGAAGAAUUUAUGAGAGUGUUGAAAAGAUUAAUAAAAUUGUGUGUAAGAAUUGUAAGAGUGUAUGAAGGGUUUAUUAAGCUUUAAAAUAUAAAAAAAAUCCUACUUUGCGGUUUCUUGCAUUUUGUGGGAGGGGGGGGGGUGUCUCAGAAAAUAAUCCCAGCUGUAUUCAAGGUAUUACUGUAAUAUUGAAACACUAUCUAUAUUUUUUCUUUUAAAGAUAUUGUCAUAGCUUAUGACAGGCAAAAACAAUGCUUUGUAAAGCCAUCAGAGGUGCUGCUUCCAAUUUCAGCUACUGAAGCAAUGCAUCUUGAUAGAGAAUGUAAGAUCGAAAGGUCAGUAUAAAUUGUCAAACAAGUUUUACAAUAUUCAGUAUGAAUGCUAUAAUAAGUCUUACGAAGUUCAGUAUAAAUUCUCUAAAAAUUAUUGGAAAUGUCAUCAUUACUAUUUUAUCAGGUAUUUAUUCGAAGUGUAAAAUAAGUUUGACUAGAGUACAUGACUAAAGAUAAAAUCUGUUGACAAAACAUAGUUUCUAUUUUUGUAUUUAUUGUUUUAAGUAAAAAAAAGCUGGUAAUUUCUUUUCUUUAAGUAUUGAAAGUACAUUUAUAAAGUGACUGAGGUCCGACAUGGGAAUAAUCCAUGAGAUGGGAAUAAUCCGUUGUCUUGUUUCAUUAGGUUGGUGUUAAUGUUAAUCAGCAAAUCUCAGACGUCCUAUGAUGGAAAACCUCUUGGCAUUUUGUAUAGUAAAAUGAGGCAGCUAAGAGCUCUAGGAUAUAAAGUUAUAGAAGUAAGUAUUACCUGAAUUCCACUGAGUAACACCAAUAUGUAAUAGUAUUAGUUGGAGUUACUGAGCCGUAGUUUAAUGCAAUUUUCAAAUACAGUUUCUGCAUAAAACUGUACAUACCAUCCCAUAUUUACAGCUGUCUAUUAUGAACUUUUAAAAAUUUUUAAUUAUUUAUUUAAUAGCUUUAUAGCCGUAGAAUCAAGCAAAUUUCAGAGGGAUAUAGGAACAAGUUGAUUUUCCAAUGUAAAAAUUGUUUAAAAUGAAAUGCUAUAAGUUAUAAUAAUUUUUUUUUUCAAUGUAUGAUUCAGAUAGAAGCUGAGGAAGCCCAGUUAUAUCCAUUACAAGACAUGAAAACAACUCAGAACAUGCUAAUCUCUCAUAUAAACAAGGCUUUGGGCACCGAUGUCAGUUGUAACAUCAUCAAACAACCAAUGAGCCAGUUGUGAAUAGCUUUUCUCAUUUAAGUAAAGAGGAAUUCUUUAGUGUUAAACUUGUCCAGAUAUUCAGUUUUACCCAGUGCUGUGCAAUGGGACAAAAGCAUGAGUUACCUAAGUUGGGGCUUUCAGUCACCUGGUCUAAUUAUGUGUGCCAACAACCUCUCAUUCAUCAACAUCCAAACUUUUGAUGUAAACUUUUUCAACUUUGAUUAGUGAGUCAUUAACUUUAACAAAAAAAAAAACGUCUCGUCAACACUGAUCUAAUUCACGGUCUCGUUUGAAACCAAACGGAAUAACAUUAUUUUAUGAUUUUGGUGUAUACAAUUUGUAACAUUUAUUCAGUUGGUUACAUGAAUGUUUAUUACUGUUAUUAGGGUUCCUAAAAAAACAUUUAAUAGCAUGAUUUUAAUAACUUGUAACAGAUUAUGUAAUGCUUGGUAUAAAUGGAGUGCUUGACCAAAGUAUUUUAAAUCAGCAUUUGAACAUUUCCACUGUCUGGGGUUUAAUUGUAUGCAGGUGUCUAUGAUGCUAUUCCAAUUAAACAAAAUAAAAUGAGUAAAACAGAG